AUGAUCUCAUUCUUCUAGAGUUUAAGUUUUAGUCCGUAUUUACAUUUAAUUUGAUUUUUUUUUUUUUUGGUAUGUAUUUUGCUACUUCUGCUUUUCAUUUUUUUUUCCUUAAUUUUUCUCUCAUUCUUUCUCUUGGCUCCAUAGUCUUAUAUAAUCAUAAUAGCUAAUAUUUGAGUAUUUGAAAUGUACAAAGCACUGUGUUAAGUGUUUUUAUGUAAUAAUUCAUUUAAUCCUGAUAACCCUCUGAAAAGGUAGUUUUAGCAGUUCUAUUUGCAGAUUAAAAAAAACAAAGGCACAGAGAAGUUAACAGCUUGCCCUAGUUCACGUAGCAAGUAAAUGAUUGGGUGCAGAUUAAACCCAAGCCUAGCUUCAGGUCCUCUGCUCUAAUCAUAUUGUGCCUUUUCAAAUGCCUUUAUUGUCCGAGAAGCUGUAUACCUAUAAGAUGUGUAUAUUAUAUAAAGGUUUCUAGAACUGUGCUUACCGCUAACUAUAAUAAUGCCAACUGAACAUGAGCAAGAAAGAUUGGGGAAAACUGCAACAUUGGUAAUUUAUAUUCAUUUUUGAAUGCAGGUAGAAAUGAUUUGAAACAAAAUGAUUUGAAGCAGGUAGGCUUGUGCUUCGUUUAUAUCUUAUCAUCAGUGCAGAAGCAUUUUCAAAAUUAAAUUAGUUCAAAGGAAUCUUUUCUUUGCUAAACUUGGAUUUAAAAGAUUAGAGAUGAACCAUGAUACCUUUGGGGAGGGGCAAAGAGUUGUCCAACUGUCUUAGCCAGUCUCCAAGAUGUGCUGUUUUCCAGGGCAUUCACUCUGUCACCUGAAGGACACUGGAUCCUUCAAGACUUCAUUUCUCUGGUUUGUAAAAUUAUUUUUAAUGGUUGCUUACCUCAUAGAAAUGUUAGGUAGUUGAGGUUGUGUACAAAGAGCAUUCAAUUUCUUCAUUUUGCGUUAUCCAUUCAUUAAUUUGAAUAUUAUAGUAACAUAAAUACAGAAAGGAAGAUAAAUUAUAAUCGUAAUAGUUCCAUUGGUUAAUAUUGUCAACCUACAGAAACAGAAACCAGUAAGAGGCAAAGAGUUUAUUUGGAAUCAAAGAAUUGCAAUUCUGGGAGCACAGAUUCAAGUAGAAACACAAAUAGUGUCCAAAUUAAGGAGAGAGGUUCAGGGUUUUUAUGGGAAAAAGGGAGGAGAUGAGGUAAGUUGUAUUAAAGAAGAAUUCAUUGGUGCUGGAUGAGGCCGGGCUAGGCUUGUGCUUCAUAGACUGGUUAGUGAUCUGGUCAUCAGCAAAGCCCAGUUUCAUCAGUCCUUACAAACAGGAUAUUCUUGUCCUUACUGAGUUCUUGGAAUGUUGGAGGUUUGGUCCGGUUUGGAAGAUAUAGAAAACAAGACGUGCAAGGCAGUUCCUUUGAAAUGGCUGUUCUGGCUCUAUUUUAAUAUGGCUCCACUCAUGUCACCUUUCACAGUAUUUUAAAUGUAACAUUUUUUAUAAAAAACAAUUGAAUGAAUGUAGAGAGUAGACUUAGUGUGAUAUUGUGAUUUAUAAGAAAUAUAUAUUUGGUCAUUCGGGUGACUGAAAUAUAUAUUUCUCAGAUAUAUUUCGUCUUCAUCCAGAGUUCCUGGCUCACAGCUCCCAAAACCCUUGGAAUUUCCUAAGUGUUGAGAGUGAUAAAAGUGUCUUGUUUAUGUUAAUGAGGUGAAUUUUUGGACCUCACCCGUGGGUGAGGGCUGUUUGCCAGGAGAACCAGCCAUGUGAUCAAAGGAUUGGAACUUUUGAGUCCCAUUUCCUGAUUUAGGGGAGGGCAGGGGUUGAGGCUGAAUCAAUUGCCAGUGGCCAAUGACUUAGUCAAUCAUGACUCCAUGAUGAAGCCUCCAUAAAAACUGAAAAGGACAACUCUUUUGCCCUUUUUCGAGAGCUUUCAUACUGGGGAGCCAGAAUGCUUCCACACACCAGGCCACAGGCUCCAGGAGGACAGAAGCAACUUUGUUCUAGACCUUGCCCUGUGUAUCUCUUCAUCUGGCUGUUGAGUUGUAUCCUUUAAUAUCCUUUGUAAUAAAUUGAUAAUCUAGUGAGUAAACUGGUUUUCUUGAUUUCUGUGAGUCAUUCUAGCAAACUAAUCGAAUCCGAGGACGGUAACCUCUGAUUUAUAGCCAGUUGGUCAGAAGUACAGUACAACCUGGACUUGUGAUUGGUGUCUAAAAUGGAGGGUGGUUGUGGGACUGAGCCGUUUACCUGUGGGAUCUGAUUCUGUCUCCAGGUAGAUAGUGUCAGAAUUGAGGUAAGUUCUCAAGACAUGCUGCUGGCAUCUGAGGACUGCUUGUUGGUGUGGGGAGGCCUCCACGCACUCGUUGGACUUGGGUCCAGGAACUCUUUUGCACUUAAAUAUUACUUAGAGUUUUAAAUAGCAUGUAAGAUCAAGUUUUCUGGAAAGAGUUAUGAAGUAUUUCUUUUUACUGUAUUUCUUCUUACGGGUUAGACAUUUGGAGUAAUUUGUGUAACAGCAAAAUUAUUUUUCUGCCGACAAAGGGUUAGCCCGUUCUCACAUAAUGGUGUCUAACUUGUGUUACUGUAGUUGUGUUCCUGCUAAUUUGAGUUGUUAUAAUCCAGCCAGGUUAUUAGCAACCAGUUUGGUUUGGUUUUCUUACAUUUUCUACUUUGUGUGUCUAGAUUAUGAUGGCUCUAAUCGUUUUUUUUUUCUUGCUCAGUGAACCAAAUAUGGGGUUUAGUGACAUUAUACUAAUUUGUAGGAUGACAAUUAUCUGUACAACCAGUACUCUAAAGUAAUAUUCCUGUGCCACAUUUUGUAUAAUACCAAAUCAGGUAAUAGUUAGCUUGAAGAAAAGUGGUGACAGUGACCAUAAUUUUGGCUCUAUUCUGAGACAUAGAAAAACACUUGAAUUAGGUCUUUCUUAAGUUAUUCUUCAGCAAAAACAUGAGGUGUUUUGUACAUAUAUUUGCAAAGUCAUUUAUUACAAUUUAUGUCAUGGCUAUAAAGACUAAUUUGGUGAAAGUAUUCAAUUUCCAAUAGAUAUAUAAUUAAUUGCUAUGCAAAUUACUUGCAAAAUGCAAAUUAAUACUCUCAUUACAGGUUAUGCUUUGAUACAUUUGACCUCAAAACAGAAUAAUUUGUAUGGUGCUUCAAACUUGUUUCAGCACUUGUUGCCCAGCUUGGCCCGCUUCAUUUGCUGUAGGACUGUCAGCACCUCCUUGAGCCCUUUAUAUGCCUCUCUGAGGUUAUUUGCAUAAUGUUGUGGUCUAUAGUAGUCCUCAGUAAUAUUUGCGAAAUUAAUGAAUGAAUAAGGGUGAGGAGAUGGGUGCUCUGGGUAUGUCUGGAUUGGAAGCAGAGGUAGCCCAAAAUGCAAGGAAGAGAAACGUGGAAGGAAGAGCAGGAAGGAGAAAGGGAGGAAAUGGUACUGUAUUAGUCUGCGAGGGCGGUAUCAAAGGACCACAGACUAGGGGCUUAAACAACAGAAGCUUAUUCUCUCCCAGUUCUGGAGGCCACAAGUCCAAGAUCAAGAUGUUGGUGGGGUUGGUUCCUUUUGAGGCUGUGAGGGAGAAUCUGUUCCAGCCUCUCUCCCAGCUCCCGGUGGUUUGCUGGAAAUCUCUGGUAUUCCUUGACUUGUAGAUUCAUCACCUUGGUCUCUGUCUUCAUCUUCUAUGACAUUCUUCCUGUAGGCAUGUCUAUGUGUCCAAAUGUCCCCUUUUUAUAAGGACACCAGUGAUGUUGGGUUAGGGCCCGCCUGAGUGACCUCAUUUUAAUGUGAUCACCUCUAUGAAGACCCUCUCUCCAAAUAAGAUCACAUUCUGAGGAUUAGGGGUUAACUGGGGGUUAGGAUUCUAACAUAUCUUUUUUGGAAAGGUAAAAAUUCAACCCAUAACACGUACCUUUAAAACAGAUGAAGGCAGCCCAUAGAGGGGAACCUUCAAACCUUUGGGCCUUCAAAUGCUCUGGCCCCACCUCACUGUCUGAUUUUUGGGACACAGUAUGCUGCCCUAGUGAAUUGUGCCUCUCAUUUUUGCCCCACUCAGACUUUAGUAAAUAGCCUGGGCCAUGGCAGUCACCGUUGAUAUUGGCUGCAGUCCCAUGACUAAAUGUGAGUUCUCUUUUCUCACCUUGUUUCUUUACCUUCUGGCCUGCCUGUCUUGACAUGGUAUACACAGAGCUACCCAGCCCACCUCGAGUCUGACUGGGCCUGGGAGAAAGGGCUUGGAAAAUUGGAGCUAGACUUUGCUGUGAUGUGUCAGUGGAGGCUUUUGGAACCAAGGACAGCUGAAUGAGGGGCAGAGUGGCUGCUCGAGUUCACCAGCAUGUGUGCCCCAAGCCUGCUGCUGUGGACUGAAUGUUUGUGUCCCCCCAAAUUCAUCUGUUGAAGCUCUCAUCCCCAAUGUGACAGUAUUUUGAGGUAGGGUCUUUGGGAGGUAAUUAUGGUUAGGUUAGGUCAUAAGGGUGAGGCCCUUAUGAUGGAAUCAAUGCCCUUAUGAAAAGAGGGAAAGACAUAAAUGCUCUCUCUCUCCAAGUGCAUGCUCCAAGGAAAGGCCAUGUGAAGACGUAAUGAGAAGACAGCCAUCUACAAACCAGGAAGAGGGCACUCACCAGUCACCAGAUCUGCUGACACGUUGAUCUUGGAUUGCCCAGCCUCCAGGACUCUAGAACUAAGUGUUUGUUUAAACCCCCAGUGUAUGGUAUUUUGUUAUAGCAGCCCGAGCUGACUAAGACACCUGCAGAGAGGACCCCAUUCUUCUCUCUCUCCUUCACCUUGGGACACUCUUCCUUAGACCAAGCCGGGCAACCUUGUCUGGGGAGAAGGGGUCUUUUGUAGUGAUAGCUUACCCGGGUGGUACGUGGUGUGUGUGUGUGUGCGUGCAUGCAUGUGCGCUACUGUGUUUAGUGAUACAUGGGUGAAGCCAUGUUUAGAGGUGCAUGGUAUGAGCACUACUGAGUGUUUGUCAUUUACUCUUUAAACAAGGAAGUUUUGAGUGAAUUAUGUGCUGGGUGCUGAGCUCUCACCUCUACCACUACACCAAACCCACCCUUGUCAAAGUCACCAGGGUCAGUUCUUAGUCCUCUACUUACUGUACCUGUGGGUUGCCCUCGAUAUACGAGUGAAUAUGUCGUUCUAGACCACCAUCCUCCCUGGUUCUCUACUUUUUCACUGCUUGUCCUUCUCAGACUGCUUGACUGUUCCCCUCUUGUUAUCUAGACCUCUUCAUAUUGACAUGCUCCCAAGGCUGAGUCUAUGGAAUCUCACUUUCUCUGUCUACACUUACUCCCUUGUAUUCUCUUCUAGUAACAUAGAUUGAAACAAGCUACUGUCUUUCAAAUUUAGAUCUGUAGACUGGACCUCUCUGUUGAACUGCAGCUCAUUCUCCACCUGCCUACUUUACAUCACUGCUUGGAAACCUCAUCAGCACCAAAAAGAGUCAAAACUAAACUCUUAACACCUGCCCUGUUUUUUUCUUCUGCAUCUCAGUUAAUGCUCAUGCCAAAAAUCUUGUAUUGCCUUUUAAUUUCUUAUACCCUACUUCCAAUCCUUGGACAAAUAUUUUCAGAUCUCCCUUCAAAAUAUAACAUAAUCUGAUCUCUCACCACCUCCACUGCUGUCAGCAUGACUCAAGCCAUCAACGUCUCUCACAUGGAAGACUGCAGUUGGCUGCUACUUGGUCUCAGCUUCUACCUUUCUGACCCUGCAGUCUGUUCUUAACACACCAACCAGUGUGAUCCUGUUAAAGUUUAGGUCGGAUGUGUCAACCCUAUCCUUGAAACCGUCUUUGUGGCUUCCCAGACCAUUCAGAGUAAAAGAAGGAAUGUUGGAAUUAUCAGACCAGGAAUUCUAAAAAACUGUGAUUAAUAUUUUAAGGGCUUGGGCCGGCCUGGUGGUGCAGCAGUUAAGUUUGCAUGUUCCGCUUCGUGGGCCAGAGUUCACCAGUUUGGAUCCUGGGCGUGGACCUGCUCACUGCUCAUCAAGCCAUGCUGAGAUGGUGUCCCACAUAGAAGAGCUACAACUCUACAACUAUGAUAUACAACUAUGUACUGGGGCUUUGGGGAGAAAAAAGAAAAAGAGGAAGAUUGGCAACAGAUGUUAGCACGGGGCCAAUCUUCCUCAAAAAAAAAAAUAUUUUAAGGGCUUUAAUGAAAAAGUAGACAAUGUGCAAAAACAGAUGGAUAAGGUAAGCAGAGUGAUGGAAGUUCCAAGAAGAAAUCAAGAGAAAUGCUAGAGGUAGAGAAAGACUAACAGAGAUGAAGAAUGCCUUUGAUAGGCUCAUUAUUAGACUGGACAGGGCUGAGGAAAGACUCUGAGUUUGAGAAUAUGACAAUAAACUUGUAAAAUUGACAAGUAAAGAGAAAAAAGACUGAAAAAAAUCAGAAUAGAAUAUUCAAGAACUGUGGGACAACUAUAACAGGUAUAAUGUACAGGUCCAGGUGUACCUUGGAGAUAUUGCAGCUUUGGUUCUGGGCCACAACAAUAAAGCGAAUAUCACAAUGGAGCGAGUAACAUGAAUUGUUUUUGUUUACCAGUGCAUGUAAAAGUUAUGUUUGCACUAUACUGUAGUCUGUUAAUUGUACAAUAGCAUUAUGUCUAACAAAACAAUGUACAUACCUUAAUUAAAAAUAUUUUAUUGCCAAAAUUGCUAACCAGAGGAGAGUGACGUCAGCAUCAUGGUGGAGUGAGCCUUCCCUUAGACUCUGCCCCCUAAGAUACAGUAAAAAGAACAUUCAUAAGCCAACAGAGGACAUUCACACAACACAAUAGACAUCUGAGAGACCCACACAGCCAUAUGUCUGAAGGUGGAGAUGCUGGACCCCCAUCAGGAAGUGGAAGGAGGAGGAUAUGGCAAAAAAAGUGGUCGUAGUAAAAAAUGGAGGGAGAUGCUGAAGCUGCCCCCUGUCAGCCAGUGCAGCGAGCUUAGACAUUCCAUUGAAAAGGAUUAUGGUAGUCUUUGUGACAGGCAGCCAAUAGGAAGACUUCUCUUCAGGCAAUUCUGUGAUACAAAACGUGAUCUAAAGAGGUGCAUUGAAUUCCUGGAUGCAGUGACAGAGUAUGAAGUGGCUGCUGAUGAGAACCGAAGAGAUUGUGGACUGUUAGUCUUAGAAACAUUCUUCAGUAAUAAGAAGUCAGAAGCCCCUUUACCAGAAAUACCUCCACGUGUUGUGAAAGAAUGUAGAUUGAGACUGAGGGAGAAUCCUUCCAAAGAAGUCUUUGAGGAGUGCACUAGAAUUGUCCAUAACUAUUUAAGUGGAGAACCAUUUGAAGAAUAUCAAGAAAGCUCAUAUUUUUCUCGAUUUUUACAGUGGAAAUGGCUGGAAAGGCGACCUGUAACAAAGAACACGUUUAGAUAUUACAGAGUUCUAGGAAAAGGCGGAUUUGGAGAGGUUUGUGCCUGUCAAGUGCGAGCUACAGGAAAAAUGUAUGCAUGUAAAAAGCUAGAAAAAAAAAGAAUAAAGAGGAGGAAAGGUGAAGCUAUGGCUCUAAAUGAAAAAAGACUCCUAGAAAAAGUGCACAGUAGGUUUGUAGUUAGUUUAUCCUAUACUUACGAAACCAAAGAUGCCUUGUGCUUGGUGCUAACCAUUAUGAAUGGAGGGGACUUGAAGUUUCACAUUUACAACCUGGGCAACCCUGGCUUUGAAGAGCAGAGAGCUGUGUUCUAUGCUGCAGAGCUGUGCUGUGGCUUGGAGGACUUACAGAGGGAAAGAAUUGUGUACAGAGACUUAAAGCCUGAGAAUAUUCUCCUCGAUGAUCGUGGGCACAUCCGCAUUUCAGAUCUUGGUUUAGCCGUCGAGAUCCCAGAAGGGGAGACGAUCCGCGGCAGAGUUGGAACAGUCGGCUACAUGGCUCCUGAAGUUAUCAAUAAUGAAAACUAUACAUUUAGUCCUGAUUGGUGGGGACUUGGCUGUCUGAUAUAUGAAAUGAUUCAGGGACAUUCUCCAUUCAGAAAAUUCAAAGAGAAAGUCAGACGGGAGGAGGUGGAACGAAGAGUGAAGAAGGACACUGAGGAGUAUUCGGAGAAGUUUUCAGAGGACGCCAAAUCCAUCUGCAGGAUGUUACUCACCAAGAACCCCAAGCAACGCCUGGGCUGCAAGGGUGACGGAGCAGCUGGAGUAAAAGGACACCCUGUAUUCAAGGACAUUAACUUCAAGAGACUGGAAGCAAACAUGUUAGACCCCCCUUUCUGUCCUGAUCCACAUGCAGUUUAUUGCAAGGACGUCCUGGAUAUUGAGCAGUUCUCCACGGUGAGAGGAGUCUACCUGGACACCACAGAUGACACCUUCUACAGUCAGUUUGUUACGGGGUGUGUCUCCAUCCCCUGGCAGAAUGAGAUGAUUGAAUCGGAAUGCUUCAAGGACAUCAACGAAAGUGCGAAUGAGGAAAAGAUGGCAUUAGAUGUAGAAGAGAAAGCACGUCAGACAGUUCCCAGACCAAAGAGAGGCUUCUUCUACAGACUCUUCAGAAGCGGGGGCUGCAUUAAGGGCGAGAAGGAAGAGCUGCCCACGAGACUGUGACCGCUCACCGCGCGAAGCUGGACCCCGGUGCCCAGAAGCACGUGCUCAGAGUUUCAUCCUAUCUGUGAAUUGCAAUAAAUAGUGUGACACAUCUUAAAACGUGCCUUUUGAGUCUGCAGAUUUUUCUACGUUAGUACCUGAAUUGUCUUUUCACUAAAGCUGGAUUGAAGAAAAAGGACCACUGUGACGCCCAGAAACCCCCAGGGGUGGACACCUUGCCGCAGGGACUUGAGCUCCACGGGUGCCCAUGGAGAGAGGAGGAGAGUGGGCGUGGGCAUCAGCCCAGCAGUGUCCGGAGCCAAGGCUCCUGUUCCUCAACCGGGAGUGUCCUCCAGUGCUCUUCGAGGAGGGAGGCAGGUCGGGCCUCCUUUCUCUCCAGAGCCGUGGGGUUAGAAAGUCUUUGCCCGCUUACAUUCACGUGGAUGUCUACCAUGCCUCACUUACCAAGAAUUCUACCUUCCUGAGGUGCGCUCUUCCUGUGUGUGUGGCUUUGUGGCUAAGUUUUUACCUGGGCACUCCAAUCUACCCUCUGAAAGAUGGUGUUCAGGACGUUGAGGUCAGGGCUUGGCUGUCAUGGGCUACUCACCCCAACUCUGAAGUGUGUUGGAAGGAUUUCUAUCACAGCGGCCUGGGAUUCUCAGGGACUGUGUGCGAGCCUCACAUUGUUUGAAUUGGUAUCAGGUGACUUGAGUCAAAGGUUAAAGGCUGGAUCCGAGAAGACCUGGGUUCAGGUUGUGGAUGAGGAGCCCGCCCUUCAAGGUCCUAGCUGGCCCUUAGGGGUUUAGGAGCUCCCGACAAAGAUUAAGGAAUGCCUGAGUUCCAGAGUUCACUCUCCUUCAGCUAUUGCUACCAAAAGAGGAAGGUGGAGCCCCUAACCUGGGGUGGACACGUGGGUUUUGUUACCUGGGGAGGGACACUUGCACUCCCGAGUGAGGGGCUACCGCAGGAAGUGUGUGGAUGAGUAGUAAAGACCAAGGAGGGGCACCAUGUGUUCUGCUUGUGGAAGGGCAUCAAGAUUUCUCCAGGGAGGAGACCGUGAGAAGGAAAUGUGAGAAGGAAGGAACAGCGAGCCCAGAGUCUCCCAGAGCUGGACAUGCUGGAGGUCACCUCUCAGUUGGUGAUGGCCUAAAGCUGGGUGACUGGAGAGUGGGGCCAAGGGGCAGAUUUGGGCUUUCUUCUGUGUCCCCAUGCAGACGUGGCCUCCAGCAGGGGCUUCUCGGACCACAGCAGCAUUUGACAAGGUGAAGGCUGGUUGAGGGAAGAGGCAGGAACCACCACUGGCAGAUGCCUCCACGGCCGGUGUCCUUUAGCUUGCUGGGGUCUUCUUGCUACCUGGUGUAUGAGAAGCCAGGGGCCAGACCUCAGUGACUUUAACCAAACAGUAAGGAUGCCGUGGUCUGGAUGCCAUGACACCGUCACACGCUGUGGAGGAGAAUGUGCCAGGGCGGUGCUGAGAACUCCCCAUGGGUGCCCGGACUCAGUGUUGCUCUCCUGUGGGAAAUGUGUCCCCAUGCAGACAGCUGUGCCCUCGCAGUCAUUGCACCCGAAAGGUGCUUCCUGAGGUGCAGUUUGCCACAGGGUAUUUAUGAAAUUGGUUUUCCAUAUGUGGUCACUGCAUUCUGAGCACAGUAGCCUCAAGGCCAGUGUUCUAGAGGAAAAUACCUUGUGAGGGAUCAGAAUUAGCCACCCCAAAAUGUGUCUCUUUGCCUUGAGUAUUUUUAUUUUUUUUUGUGAGGAAGAUCAGCUCCGAGCUAACAUCCAUGCCAAUCCUCCUCUUUUUGCUGAGGAAGAUGGGCCCCAGGCUAACAUCCAUGCCCAUCUUCCUCCACUUUAUAUGGGACGCCACCACAGCAUGGCCUGACAAGCAGUGCAUCGGUGCGUGCCCAGGAUCUGAUCCCGGACCACCAGCAGCGGAGUGCGUACACUUAACCACUGCGCCACGGGGCUGGCCCUUGAGUAUUUUUUUAUUGAUGUCAUAAUAGUUUAGAACAUUUUGAAAUUUCUGUUGUGCAUUAUUGUUUGUCAGUCACCAUUUAAAUGCACCCCGUCACCUUGUGCCCACCCCCCAACCCUCUUCCCCCUGGUAACCACCAAACUGUACUCU